GAAAGUGAAUGAACGCUGGGGAGUCAAGUCAGACGCAGGCAGUGCUUUGGCAGUCGGAGGUACGCGUCAACCUAGGCACAGCAGUCUCACCGGAGGACACACGAGAGCAAAACCGUCCACUUUCCAGUUGCCAGAAACCGAAAAGCAUGGGAGGCUAUUUCUAAACAAAACCACGGAGAGACAGCCUACACAGAGACCUACCAUGGCCGUGGACGCUGCGUCCAGUUUCAGUUUCUGUCGGACCGCCCUGGAGCACACGCUCUCUGCUGAGGAGCUCAGCUAUGAGCUGCCCCGCACGGGCGGGAGCCUGACCUGGCAUGACGGGCGGGGGCAGCAGACGGCCGGCGGAAGGACCGUGAAGCUGCUUCAGCAACCCGGGACCGAGGCCCUGCAGCUGCGGCCAGGUGAGGCCUUCACAGUAUACCACACCAGCCCCACGCUCUCCAGUCUGUCCAAGCCUGUGGUCCUGUGGACACAGCAGGACGUCUGCAAGUGGCUGAAGAAGCACUGUCCCCACAACUACCUGACCUACGUCGAGGCCUUCUCACACCACGCCAUCACAGGACGGGCCCUGUUGCGGCUCAACGGGGAGAAGCUGGAGCGCAUGGGCAUCGCGCAGGAGACGCUGCGGCAGGAGGUGCUGCAGCAGGUGCUGCAGCUGCAGGUGCGAGAGGAGGUGCGCAACCUGCAGCUGCUCAGCCGAGCUUCCUUUGGAAACCUAUCUUAGCUCAUCCAUCCGUUUGGCAGCUCUCUCUGACACAACGGAUCUCUCAUACCUCUGGGAGGAACUGAACAGUCCAGAUAUGUGAAUGGAAGAUCAUGCCUUGAAUUUGAAAGGAGAAUUUCAUUUCUGCCAACUUGGGGGUAAAGACAGCAAUCUACGCAUUUUUUAAAAGACAAUGCUGUGUUCAGCAAUGAGACUGAUACUGUAAUAUAGUGAUCAAAUAUUAGAUUGCUAACAACGAAAAGCAGAAUCACUCAGAUUAUCAUCUGUGAAAUCAUUUUUAUUGUUUAUUUAUUGGAGGUGGUUGAGGGGAAUAGAGGGGUUUGCUGGAUGUUGCAGUUUGGGAAGGUGUUGCAAUGAAACUACUGAGUGGCUAUGAUACGUCAGCAAUGAAGAAGUCCUAGCAGGCCUGUGCUACUGUAUGGUUCAUUAAUAUUUUCCCUGUUGCACGGAGUCUAAAAUUAUGCUAAAAUUCCUGGUAUGGUGGAACACAAUCAUCAUCAUCCCUGUUACUGCUAUUAUAGGCCACACAUUACCUUCUCAAACUGUUUCCCAGUGGAGUGCAUUUGCAACAUUGCUGGCUGUAGGACAAAAAAGGAUGAACCCAUCAGCACAUGUUUGUGAAUGCUCGCGCAGUCCAAAUGUCUCUAAUGUGGGUUCAUAUCUUCACAACGUCCUGGUCUUUUAUCUGAAUUGAUCUUUGUAAAACAACCGUGGGCAACCCCAUCAACUCUGUACCACAGAAUGUGGCUUCUUCAAUAUCACAUUCUAACCU